CUAGACGCUUCGAAUAAAGGCCCCUAAUUUUUCAUUACGUUCUUUCCCUGCCUCUCGUGUGCUUUCCAUCUCUCUCUCUCCGGCGCCAAAUUCAUCAGAAACAACCUCCGAGCUACAUCAACAAUGGCGGUGUCGUUCGCUAACCUCAACUCGGCUUCUGGAUUGAAGAAUCUUGACGAGUAUCUGCUCACUCGCAGUUACAUCACCGGGUACCAGGCUUCAAAGGAUGAUCUCGCUGUCUACACUGCUCUCUCAAAACCUCCGACUUCCGAGUACGUGAAUGCCGCCCGUUGGUACAACCACAUUGAUGCUCUUUUGAGGAUCUCAGGUGUGUCUGCUGAAGGGAGUGGUGUCACUGUCGAGGGCUUUGCUCCCAUCACUGAAGAGGCUGUUGCUACUCCCCCGGCAGAGGACUCUAAGGGUGCUGCUGCUGAUGAGGAUGAGGAUGAUGACGAUGUUGACCUUUUCGGGGAGGAGACCGAGGAGGAAAAGAAAGCUGCCGAGGAGCGUGCAGCUGCUGUGAAGGCAUCUGGAAAGAAGAAGGAAUCUGGCAAGUCGUCAGUUCUUUUGGACGUCAAGCCGUGGGAUGAUGAAACCGACAUGAAGAAGCUCGAGGAAGCCGUGAGAAGCGUUGAGAUGGAAGGAUUACUCUGGGGAGCAUCAAAGCUUGUACCCGUUGGUUACGGAAUCAAGAAGUUGCAGAUAAUGCUCACCAUUGUCGACGACCUUGUGUCGGUUGACACUCUCAUCGAGGAGCGGCUGACCGUCGAGCCGAUCAACGAAUACGUCCAGAGCUGUGACAUUGUUGCCUUCAACAAGAUCUGAGAGGAUGGACUAAUUGUCUUAAAGUUUUUCUUGUUUCUAUCGUUAAAUUUUGGUUCUUGUUGUGGAAUCUUGCGGUCUGAUAUUUGUAUGAGAUAUUUAUUACGUGUUUCUGUUGUGUUACAUGUCUAAGUUCCUUAAAUCAAAGGACUAGGGUUUGGGUACUCGAUUCCGUACUCGAGCUCCUUUGGGUUCCGAAA